AAAGCGGUUCGAACAAUGGACAAAACCGCAGAUUUUGAAAACCGUGAUCAAACCAAUAAACCGGUCGAAAACCGGUCGGUCGAACCAAAAUGUGACCCGACCGGAUUUUUAAUUUUUGCCCAAAACGCUGCGUUUGUCGCCAAAAGAACCCUAGCCUUCAGUCUUCACUCUUCAGUUCUUCACCCAGGCAACACUCUCGAGCCUCCACCCUCCAGCCCUCCACUCUCACCUCUCGCUAUCAGUUACCAUGCAUGCAGUCUCCAACUCGAGCUUCCGGCGCACCCUCCGUUCCAGCCACCACCGCGGUCGCAAGUUCUGUGGAAGUCACUCACUGUCGCAAGUUCCUGGAGCCAGCUUGGAGAUUCGCACAGCCCUGUUCGUCGCGAAGUGUCUUCCCGUCGGCGCCACCCCUGUUCGACCCUUCCACCCCAGCCACUGUCCCUGUUGCCGCCAGCUCUGCAUUCUUUCCUAUCUUCCACUAACCCUAGAUGCUUACCUGGGUAUCCCUUCAAGUGUCCCAAGCUGCAGAUUUCUCCUGAGAAUGGAUUAUCAGAGAGUGACACUGAUAAACUAUUGUCACUCCUCCGUGAUCAGAUAUGAUCCCAGUUUAUACCUCAAUAUAUUUCUCUACUCGUAUGCUUCAAUGUUGUUGUUGAAUUGCUGACCUUUGGUGCAUUUAUUGUGCUGUAGGUAGUGUUGUAGUAAUAUUUAUGGCUAGGAUGAAAUAUUGGUUAGCCAUAGAAUGCUUUGAUAUUUUGGGUUCCUUGGUGUCAAUGCUGAGAGUAAUUAAGAGCAAGCAUCUGUUAUGAUGCCCAAGUUGGUAGAAGGGGAGCCACAAGGUGGAAGAAGUAUCAAGUAUGUAUUAUUGAAUUAAAAGAUUUUUAAAAGCGUAAUUUGUACAUUAUCUAAAGAAAGUUGAGGUAGAAUUCAAUAUUGAGGUAGUUGAGACCUGAAUGGCAAGAACAAGUUACUAAACCAAGCAUAUUUCUAUGUAAUCUUAUUUUGAAUUCUUCAUGUGUUCAUCCUUCUUUUAAUUCUUUAAAUGUAACUACUGAUCUUCCUUGGUA